AUGGGAGCGCGUGCUCUCUCUGCCGGCACAGGCCAUCUCACCGUCAAGCCAGAGAUCAUUGCCAAGCUGGAGCGAGGGCUGAUGCCACGUGCGACGUCCCGGCGCCGGUGCCGAGCUGCUGCACCAGCUGCUGGAGUCACCCACAUGCACCCGGGUGUCCCUGGAGUGCUGCCGGUGCCCACCACCCAGCUCCCAGCAGUGCCCGAGCACAGCGGGAGGCCUCAGCGGAGUGUGUCCAGGAUGAAGUCGCGCCCCAGGUGCCCCGAGUGCAACCGGAGCUUCCGGAGCCGCAGGGCGCUGGGUGUCCAUGCCCGGAGGCACUUAGGAGAGCGGCCCUUCACCUGCACCCAAUGCACCCAGAGCUUUCCCUGCUCCGGCGACCUUGAGCAGCACCAGAAGAGCCACGUCACCCAUGUGGACCUUGAUGCUGGCCCCCAGAGCCCCAGUGCCUGUGCUGAGUGCAGGAAGAGCUUCAGCAAGAGCCAGGAUCUGAUGCAGCACCAGCACAUGCACCACGGCCACCGCUUCAGCCAGAAGCUCUGCCUGGUCACCCACCAGCACAUCCGCAAUGGGAAGCGGCCUUCCUCUGCCACAAGGGCUUCCACAGGAGGAACACCAGCACCGUCACCCACCACGGCCACACCGUCAAGAGGGUCCCGCAGUGUGGUGGUUGCGGCAAGGACUGCAUCCAGGGGCAGCACCAGUGGGUGCACCGGGACUGGCUGAUUGGACGUGUGGGUCCAUCUCUGAAGCCCUUCCAUGUAGUGGCUGUGAGAAGCGGUUUUGGGAUAUGGGGACCAGAUGCUGGAUGUGGGCUCACCACAGCACCCCUGGCCUGUGACCCGGUACCCCCCAGAACUGCUGCUGAGCAGCCCAUGUCAGCUUCACCAGAGCACCCAUGUGUGAACAGUUAGCAAACGGCAGCUCUUCCAUCACCAACUGCCCUGAAGCAUCCACACCAGAUCCUC